AGGUGUUCCGGAGCUUGAAGAGCUUUUGAGACAAAUGACUGUUGAUGGAGCUCUUCCGCCUGCACUCGGGAAUGAAGUUGUUGCGAACUUCGAAGAAAUUCCCGCUGAAGCUCGUUAUUCUGUGACUUUAGACGGAACGCAGUUGACGCAAACAAUCGAAUCCUCGGGAGGAGGAUCGUGGUCCACGGGACCAAACGUCAUCAGAGUUUAUUCAUGCGGACACGCACAACGUAUUCCAGGGAAAGGUGAAGAUGGGCUGAUGAAGAUACCGGGGCAGCAAAUUUCCGCUUGUCCUGAUUGUGUUAGUAAGAGCCAG